GAGCCAUUAGGUACUUAGGCCCCUGAAUGACUAGGUGCAGAGAUGACUGGUCCCCUCAUGCUAAUGAGGUUUAGGCCAUGUUGAGCUCUGCUUGUUCUCUGUGGGACAUCGGUUCUCCGUUAUGUACCUAUAGCUCCAUCUUCAUCAUUUUUCUAAUUGCCUGGCAAAUAAGACGGAGUUACCAGGGAUUGAGAUUGGAACCUAAAAAGAGCUGCUGCCGGCGCCACCGAAAAGUCAGGCAGAGGGCUAGAGAUGCAGCAUCAAGAGACAGGAGACUUUCCCAAGAAGAAACCGAGAAGCCGUGGAAGCUGCUCUCUAUCAUGAAAAGCCAAAGCUGGCUCCCCACGGAGGGAAAUGUGCGGCAGCUCCUGUGUGUAGAUCCCUGCUGCCAAAUUUGUGAUGCUGCAACUCUAGAGAUUCAGCAGUUGCUGGAGAGCGAUAAAGGCCAGAUCUCCCCUGCUUUGCUGGGACUGCCACAGGAGUCUUCUUGCCUGGACUUGUUGCCCGUAUCCAGUGUGCCGUUUGAGGGGAACAUGGAGCUUCAUUCCAGGCACUCCAGACAUCUCUCACUAACACCUGGGACUCCAACACUAGCACAACUAACAGAACACUUAACACAGUCAACCAGUGCGGUUGGUGUUCAACAAUGCUGGGCUGACCACCUCCAGCUAGAGCAGAAACUGCACCUGGCAGACAUACCCAUGAUUUCAGAGACUGUGGUUUCUUCAGGGCUUGAGGAUCCUGUGGUUUUAAUGAUUGAGGAAAAAAUAAUGCAAAACAAACCAAAGCUUGGCCAGGAAAGCCAAGACCAGCAUCCCUUGAAGUCCUCUGUGUCUUUACUGUCCCUGAACCCGGAGAUCACGAACUUGACACAUGCGGUGUCCUUGCACAUGGACUCGAUGCUGUCUCCCCACGUGCCAUUACUUAGUCCUAAAGUCCGCAGGCUUCUUGAACUACAUGUAAAAAAAUGGAUACAUUUCCAGAAGUGGGGCCUUCCCAGACGUGUGGAGGAGUCCCUGAGGCAGCUCAUGCCAGACCUGACACUAUUUUGUCAAUCUAGAAAAAAUCUGCUUUCUUCUGUUCUGAGCAAUGGUUCUGAGGUCCCAAUGAACAAAGCUGGCAUCAUUUCCCACCAGACCUGCUGGGUUUCCGAAUGGUCUGUUAAAAACCUAAAACAAAGACCGCACUGGCACCAAAUACACAGCUGCUUGCACUCUCACGAAGACCUAACUAGCUCCAGCCCAUCCCCCAAGGCACAAUCUAACGACUCCGGGAGCAGUCUGCAGAAUGAAUAUUACAGUCAGCUGUUCUGUGGCCUUCCGUCUCUUCACAGUGAGUCCCUGGAUGUCACCUCCUUGAGCGCUCAAGGUGUCUCCAAGAACAAGAGUGUGCCCAAGUCCUCCUCCAGGGAUCCUCGGUACACAAAGGAGCUCUCGCUCUCCUUCUUGCCCAAAACUCCGCGUAAGUCAGCUCCUCCCUCUUCCCCGGCUUCUCCAGAUGCCAAGACUCCCCAUGAGCACGAAGGGGCACAACUCGCUGUCCCUUUCCUGACUCUGGCUGAGUGUGAAGCAUUGGAGCGUCACCUCCUAGAGAGGCGGGUCAAGCUCCAGUGGGGCCUGCCAGGCGUCCUCCUGAGAAACCAGUACAGCCAGAGCCACGUGCUGUGUGAGCCACAUGGGAAAGCUGAGGCUGUAAAAGCUUUCUGGCCAAGGAAGUUCUUCUCAGAUCCCACCAGGAAACUGUCCUUCCCGGAGCACGUGCGCAGGCUGCUGGAAUUCCACUUCCAGAAGCAGCUGAUUCACCUUCGCUGGGGCCUGCCCCAGAGGAUCCAGCGCUCCAUUCACCUGCUCAUCUCCUCUGCUGACCAGCAGGCCCUGUCCUGCAGCAGCAGCGGCGGCGGCAGGGCACUAGCCAGUGUGAGCAUCCCGCAGCCAGGCAACCCAGAGGCCGAUGGGUCGGGUGACAGGUUCGCAUCCGCAGUGGACAAAGGGCCGAUCCCCAUGCCACACUUGUUUGCCCAGGCAAAGGAAAUGUUGAAGAGCCACGUUGAUUCUAAAUGUGAUCAGAUCCACCAGGGCAAGGUCCCAGCCCAAGUCUGGAGCUCUCGGGAAUGUAAAAUUCCUGGAAUCUUGGCAGCAACGGUUCCCUUCCCUUGGAUUUCACAAGGCCAACACCUGAAGCUACAAGCACAAAGUAAAGGUAAACCUGGCCUACAUCACCAAGUGGCUCCCUGGAAAGCUGCGGCCCUCGAUCAGGAGAAGGUCCUUUCAGGUGCUCUCAUUGAACACUGUAAGCGGCCCCAAGCCCUGUCUGAGGAGACCAUUAAGAAACUGGAGACGACUUUACAGCAUAAGUAUCUGGCCUUCCUGUCAGGCCUUCCUGCCCUGUACUGUGUGGCUCUCUCUAGGCCUACAUCUCCAGUAGUCACUAUCCAACCUAGAACCACAGAGCUGAUGUCCGUACCUGUCAAAAGCCCACCACGGACUGUGACGCAGACCAUCUCGCUGGAAGGUCCGCUUGUGCCUUGUGCCCAGGGUGAUGACAAAGCUCCUGCCAACACUACAGGAGAGUUACAGCCUGAAGUGCAGGUGGAAGGAAGGACAGACUGCCGGACCCAUGACAGCCCCCACUUGUUAAACACACAUAUCUUGGCAAAACUGAAUUUCCACCUGAAAAGGAAGGUCCUAGCGAUUCAAUUUGGAAUAUCUGAAAAGGAAAGGGAGUACAAAGAGCUGGCUAUAGCUGACCUAGAGAGUGAAUCCAUACAGGAGUUUCUCAGGAGUCUCAGUAUCCCAGAAAGCACCGCGCUACAGAAACUGCCCAGUUCAGGGGACCUUCCUGCAGCCCCAGAUGCAAGUACCGUCCACCUGGGAAAACGGCCAGCCGCUGCAGGGCAGGCUGUGUGUCACAAGCCAAGGCAGCCUAGCUCCAAAGCAGUGCCCCAGCGCUCUGCCCCAGAGAAUGCGACCAAGGCCCAAGUGCCCUGUGCUCAGAUGGAGACCAGUGGGGAGAAGCUCAGCCUGGAGGAAGCCCUUAGCACUGAGCCUCAAGACCCAGGCAAGAGCAAGUACUCAGACCAUGUCCCCACACUGACAGAAAAGAGCCACGAGCCAGGGAAGCCCAAGGCAGAGGGGGACUCUGGAGAAAGGGGUGCAGGUCUGCAGAUUUCCCUGACCAGUGAGAGAACACACCGUGAUGCAGACCAGGAGCCGGAAAAGGGGCCUGUGCGCGGGACACCCCAGGGCUCCUCACAGCACCGGCCUAGCUCUCAUCUUGAGGGUCCCUGUCCACCCAGCUCCCAGGAGCCCCCUGAGCUGGAGUUCCCGGAUCCACCUCCAGAAGUCUUCAUGGAGAUGGAACCUGAACGUGACACUCAAGACAGCCAAACCAGGACAAAUGCCAUCCGGCAACCUGCAAGGGUUGCUGUGGUCCCCCAGCCUUUGGCCUCCCAGGCUUCCCAGGGCCUUCCUUUCCCGCACCCACAAAUUCAGGGAAAGCCUUUUCGAGGUCAAACUAGGCAAGACCACAUUUCACGGGGGCGGGUGAUGCCAACCUCUCCUCAGGCUAGCCCCAGCCUUCCAGAUGCUGGCUUGAAAAAUAAGGUGAAAUCCUUUCUUUACUCCAUUAACCCCAAGAUAAAAGGCAAAACACAUGUGGAACCCAUGGUCUCAACACCUGCAACAGUGGCCAAAACCAGUAAAGAAAAUGUUGACAAGGGUCUGCCUCAAGCCAAAAGCCCCACUAAGAAAACUAAGGCAGAGAGCUGCAGAGGGCCCAGGGCCCAGUCUGCACCCGCUGAGAGGUCAGUAAUCGCAUCCUUCUUAACUGCUCCCCAUAUUCUAGACAGUAAGCUCCAGCCGAACUCUCGGCAGCAUGGCUCUGUCUCAGUAUCAGGCCAGCCCCGACAUUGUCCUCGGCACUGUCCUAGAUUGGCUUAUGCCACUCAAUACAGAAACCCACCCUAGGUCCCAAGGUUCACCUCAGGAAUGUUCUUCUGGUAAUGGAGAACGCUCAAUGUGAUGACGGUUUCUAGGCUCCUCAACUUCUGUGUCCCUUUAAGAGCACUAUUGUUGUCAUUUAAUGAACAGGGGGGGGGAGUGCACCACCCAAAAUAUAUUCUAUAUCUCUAAA